CAUUAAGUUUGCGUGCACAUUAAGUUAAUAUCAUUCGACAGCGCGGGAAGCAAUUUUGAUUGAUUCCAUUAAAUUUAUUAUUUAUUUAGCAUUUUCACGCUUAUUUAUAGUGUACCAUUAAGAUUUAUGUUGUUAUUUUAUAUCUAUUUAAUUAAAAAUCGUCUAAACAAAAUAUACAGUAUAUCGUAUCGUAUUUAUAAUUUAAAACAAAUGUCAAAAAUUAACGAUAUUCAGGUAUUAUUGUCUAUGUUUUCCGACGAUACAUUUCCGCGAUACAAUUACACAAAGGACAGGGUGAAGCCUUUGCUGACUCGAUUCAAACGUCUGAGAUUUAAAACAAAAGCCUUACCUAGUGAUAAAGAAAUAUCAAUAAUGGGAUUAAACUGUUCGAAACUACGUUCUAGUAUCAACAAUUGGAACAAAAAUGAUUUGCCUGAAAACACGGAUUUGACACAAGAAUCAGCCAUGCCAAAUCCAACACCAGUAAUCUUCAUAUCUGACUACACAAUGGAUUUUCCCGAGAACUGUUUUUAUGGAGUGAUGAUCGAAACUGGUCCGAAUAUCAAAGCUGACAGUGAAAAAUCGAACGUAAUUUGUUCAUCCAUAAAAGGGUUGAAAGAAAACAUAGACCGUCUUUUGGAAAGAUAUGUUCUCAGCUUUUUGAAGGACCUUUCCGAAAAUGCUUUACAACGCAUCGAAGCUUCACCUGACAUUAAAGAAAAUGGUUCGGAAGCGAUUGAGUGCCUUUUAUCUGACGUGAUGGCAGUUUAUCACAGAAGCUGCGCACCAAGACACGAAUGGCCUGGAAUAGAAAACAAAGAAACUCCGGUCCUUGAUAAAACUAUGGCUGACGAGUUGUUUAAAUGCGACGCCUCCAUUAAAGGAUUUGGAUAUCAGCACGAUUCCCUUCAAAUUAUCGUCGAUCGACAAUAUGAUGAGACUAGUUUUGAGGCGAUUCGUAAUUACUUGAAUAUUCGCAACAUUACCAAAUACCACAUCAACUGUGGACCAUGGACAGAGACGCCUUUGUGCGACAUAAAAGUAGGAAACGAGUUGGUUGUUGCUGAAAGACGCGGAACAUUGGGCGGUUUUGCAUUGAAAGAUGAUCACUUAUACGCCCUGACUUCACGUCACUUACUUGAUAACGCAGAAGAUCACAGCACUGGCUUAAGUUCACAAGGAAACGGUACUUCCGUUAAUGAACAGUAUGUUAAUAUUAACAAUACUCUGUCUAACACUUACAUCCAAUUUGCCAUUGCCGAACCGGGUUACACUAUUGGGGAACUUGAUAUUGCAGCUGUAAAAAUUGUACGACCCGAAAAUAUAGCUGACAAGAGGCUCAAAGACUCUAAAGGUCGUCAUAGAAAUAAUAUGAUUUUUAACUUUCAGGAUAAACCUGAGCAAGAAAUAAAGAAACUACUACAGAGUGAAAGGGUCCACGCAUGGACUAAAGCGAAACUCCCGCGAUUAGGACAAAUAUCAAUCCCGAUUUACUAUGUUAGGGGAAUGCAGUUUAGAUAUUUGGUUAUAGAAAACGAGUACAGUGAUGAUGAAGAACAACAUGCAGGUGCAGCAGAAUACGGCGAUAUUCCUAAUCCAAAUGCGUUUGGCAUGCCCGGAGACAGUGGUGCAAUUAUAUGUGGCGACGAUGUUCGCAGCCAAGGUGUUCAUGCUUACAGUAUGUUCAUAGGAAAACUACAAAACAAUGACAAAACCCUGUAUUUGUCUCUCAGGUUACAAGAUGGGCUGGACCAACUUUCAAACAACCAAGAGCCACAAACAAGAUCGCGCUAUCAACUGUGUUAGAUUUAUUGUUUUCCAUAAUAACUAUAAAUUAACCAAUGACCUUAGCAUUUCUAUCUUAAUUGUACGACUAAAACAGUGAAUUAAUAGAUUGUCAUUUAUUUUCAAGAAGCUUGAGACAUUAUAAGAGUUGUUUCGUUGACAUGGGUUAAAACAUAUUUAUUUCAAACAAGUUAACAUCACAUUUAUAUAAUUAGAUCCUUUUUUACAUCUGGGAGUUUAUGAAGGCAACAUCAAUGUUUCAUAUUUUAUUUUAUUUUUUGUUAUAUGUCUUGAUUGUAAUGUGUUUGUGUGUGUGUGUUUUUGUAAGUGUUUAUGUUCUAUUGUAAUCAAUCUGAUGAUGCUUGAAAAUGUAGUUAAUCUUUGCUCAUUUACAUAAAACAAUAACUGCCAAAAGGUAUUAUCUUCUUCAUACAAUUCAUCAAUUGAUAUCACAAAACAUUUACCUCCAAGUCGUACAAUGUGACUGCCAAUAGAAUUGCGCAAAGUCAUUUUUAACGAACGCAAACUUACCACGGUUUAAUUUUUUUACGCACAAUGUUUAUGAUUGUCAUUUAUAAUCCAAAUGAGAUAUUCAUUCACAGAAACUAAUAACUAUUUUAUUUAGCUGACACAAACUCAUCGUCGGAUACCCACGUUCGACUCAUACCGCUACUCUGCUAUACUUUAUAAUAAAAUAAAACAUUAUUUAUGGUA